GCUGGUCAACCAAACUGGGGGUUGAGUUUCCAUCCAGCAAUGCAGGCCAUGGCAGGCUGCAAGGGUGACGCUGUCAGAUCCCCUUGGUGAGAAUAAUUUUUAUAACAACGUGGCUGGAGGACUGGUCAGGAGAGAGACUGGUAUGGAGGCUGUUGCAAUGGCUCCAAGAAGAGAAGAGGCUGUGUGGUGAGUUUAGCCGCUGGAUGAAAGGCCGGAAGGAUGAGGUCAGCAGCGCACUGACACCGCCACCCAAAGCUUCGGCUGCUGCCGCCCUCAUGGAAAUCUCCUGGGGGAAGGGAGAGGGUCCUUCCUCGGUGAACCCUGGGGCUGCUCUACGCGAGUUCCUGAGAAGCGGGCAGGUCGCUAGCUCCUCUUCCUUUUCAGCCCUCAGUGCCCAUUUUGCCGACAAAAAGCCCCAAGCUGCCCCCAGUUGCCUGGCCAGGCUGCCUCGACGGCCCUAUUCACGGGCCCCAGCCUCCUCACUGGGCUGGAAGGCGACAACCGCGAAAAGGAGGGUGACUCUUCUCGGCGGGGGCUUCGGGUGACAUCACAUCCUCCAAAUGCGAAAUCAGGCUCCGGGCCGGCCGAAGGGCGCAAUUUCCCCCGCUCAGCGCCCCACCGGCUCCCGCGCGCCUCCCCUCGCGCCCGAGCUUCGAGCCUAGCAGCGUCCUGGGGGGCGCGUCAUGUCCUUACCCGUGACCGCCUUGCUCCUGCCGCUGGCCUUGAUGCUCCACGCCGCCAGGCCGAGCCAGUUCCGGGUGUCGCCGCUGGAUCGGACCUGGAACCUGGGCGAGACAGUGGAGCUGAAGUGCCAGGUGCUGCUGUCCAACCCGACGUCGGGCUGCUCGUGGCUCUUCCAGCCGCGCGGCGCCGCCGCCAGUCCCACCUUCCUCCUAUACCUCUCCCAAAACAAGCCCAAGGCGGCCGAGGGGCUGGACACCCAGCGGUUCUCGGGCAAGAGGCUGGGGGACACCUUCGUCCUCACCCUGAGCGACUUCCGCCGGGAGAACGAGGGCUACUAUUUCUGCUCGGCCCUGAGCAACUCCAUCAUGUACUUCAGCCACUUCGUGCCGGUCUUCCUGCCAGCGAAGCCCACCACGACGCCAGCGCCGCGACCACCCACACCGGCGGCCACCACCGCGUCGCAGCCCCUGUCCCUGCGCCCAGAGGCGUGCCGGCCAGCGGCGGGGGGCGCAGUGCACACGAGGGGGCUGGACUUCGCCUGUGAUAUCUACAUCUGGGCGCCCUUGGCCGGGACCUGUGGGGUCCUUCUCCUGUCACUGGUUAUCACCCUUUACUGCAACCACAGGAACCGAAGACGUGUUUGCAAAUGUCCCCGGCCUGUGGUCAAAUCGGGAGACAAGCCCAGCCUUUCGGAGAGAUACGUCUAACCCUGUGCGACAGCCACUACAUUACUUCAAACUGAGAUCCUUCCUUUUGAGGGAGCAAGUCCUUCCCUUUCAUUUUUUCCAGUCUUCCUCCCUAUGUAUUCAUUCUCAUGAUUAUUAUUUUAGUGGGGGUGGGGUGGGAAAGAUUACUUUUUCUUUAUGUGUUUGACGGGAAACAAAACUAGGUAAAAUCUACAGUACACCACAAGGGUCACAAUACUGUUGUGUGCACACCGGGUUAGGGUGUGGAAAGGGGCAGGCCAGAGCUACCCCGCAGAGUUCUCAGAAUCAUGCUGACAGAGCUAGAGGCACCCAUGCCGUCUCAACCUCUUCCCCACCCAUUUUACAAAGGGGGAGGCUAAAGCUCGGAGACAGCUUGAUCGAAGGCACACAGCAAGUCAGGGUUGGAGCAGUAGCUGGAGGGACCUUGUCUCCCAGCCCAGGGCUCUUUGCUCCACACCAUUCAGGUCUUUCUUUCCGAGGCCCCUGUCUCAGGGUGAGGAGCUUGAGUCUCCAACUGCAAGGGAACAAGUACUUCUUGAUACCUGGGAUACUGUGUCCAGAGCCUCGAGGAGGUAAUGAAUUAAAGAAGAGAACUGCCUUUGGCAGAGUUCUAUAAUGUAGCUAAACAAUAUCAGACUUUUUUUUAUAAUCAAGCCUAAAAUAGUAUAGACCUAAAAUAAAAUGAAGGGGUGAGCUUAACCCUGGAAAAUGAAUCCCUCUGUCUCUAAAGAAAAUCUCCGUGAAACCACUACGUGGAGGCGGAAUUGCUCUCCCAGACUUUGCAUUGCAGAGGGGCCCGUGAAAGAGGACAGGCCACUCCUUCACAAAUAGAAUUUGAGCAUCAGUGAGGUUAAACUAAGGCCUUCUUGAAUCUCUGAAUUUGAGAUACAAACAUGCUCCUGGGAUCACUGAUGACUUUUUAUACUUUGUAAAGACAAUUUUUGGAGAGCCCCUCACGCAGCCCUGGCCUCUGCUCAACUAGCAGAUACAGGGAUGAGGCAGACCUGACUCUCUUAAGGAGGCUGAGAGCCCAAAUUGCUGUCCCAAACACGCACUUCCUUGCUUACGGUAUGCUACAAGCAAUGCCUGCCCAUUGGAGAGAAAAAACUUAGGUAGAUAAGGAAAUAAGAACCACUCAUAAUUCUUCACCUUAGGAAUAAUCUCCUGUUAAUAUGGUGUACAUUCUUCCUGAUUAUUUUCUACACAUACAUGUAAAAUAUGUCUUUCUUUUUACCAUGGGAUUGUACUAUGCUGUUAUAAGUGGCUUUAAUGAAUAAACAUUUGUAGCAUCCUCUUUAAUGGGUAAACAGCA